CAGCAGGGAUGCCGCCCGUUUGACCACUAUUCUCAGCUGCUCCCGCGCGACGACGACGACACUCCCCUGACGAGCAAUUCUCCUAUUCUCCGCGACUUCGCUGCGCGGCCCUGCCUUCACUGCGACGCUCCUCCCCACCGCGGCGCGAGCUGCACCACUACCACGACCACUGCCACUACCACGACCACCGUCGCCAGCGCCAGCACCAGCACCAGCACCAGCACCAGCACCCGUCUACUCUCACCUCCACGCUCGCUCCCGCGCGGCACGACUGUCCACGACACGACCGUCCACGACCUGCUUCUUGUGCAUCUAGCGCGGCGUUUUGCGGCCCUUUGUUUGUUUGAGAUACCCUCACCAUGGCGUCGGGAUUCGCGGGCUCGUUCUGGUCGAGCGACUACGCGGGCGGGCUGGGAGUUCUCUUUGGAAAGCUGCAGCAGGGUGUGCAGGAGAACCAGCAGAUCCUCACCGUCGCGCGCAUGCGGGCCGAUGCCGAGGAGGUCUACGGCAACAGCCUCGCCAGCAUCACGCCCGCGACGGAGCGCGUGAGCGGCGGCUUCAGCAGGGACGAGGGCGCGAGCGUGCGCAAGGCCUACGAGGGUGUGCGGACCGAGAUGGAGACGGCCGCCGCGAACCACCGCAAGAUUGGCUCCAACAUCCGCGAGCUUGUCGUUAGUCCCUUCAGCCGCUGGUGCGAGGCCCACGCUGCCCGCGUGCAGAACUCGCAGGACGACCUGCAGUCGCGCAUCAAGCUGCACGACCGCCAGGCCGAGGCGGUGCGCAAGUUCCGGUCGCAAUACUACAACAAGUGCCGCCUGGUCGAGGACCUCGAAGAAGAGGACAAGCUGGCAUUCCAGGACCCGCAGAGCGAGGCUGCCCAGAGCCCUAAGGUGAAGGUGCCCACCAUCAAGAUGUCCGAGCCUGAGGACGACGAGGAAGAGCCCAUCGACCUUGGUGACGAGACGUACCAGCCCGAUCAGGUCAAGAAGAUCCUCUCGCACAUGCUGGACCACAUCAAGCUGGGCGAGGUUAAGGUUCCCAUCCUGGGUACCUACCAGAACUGCUCCAACGGCGCCGACAUCACCGACUACAUCCAGAAGCACAUGGCGGCUACCAGCACCAGCUACGCUGAGCGCAUCGGUCAAGACUUGGUCAACAACGGCUUCCUUCGACUCGUCGGCAAUGUCGGCAACACGUUCGCAAACAGCUCCAGGAUGAGCUAUCAAUGGAAGCCCAAGGUCUUCCAAAUUACCGGUGUGCCUGAGAAGAAACAGCCGUUGGCUCGUGCAGCGACCAACCUAUCCACGGACAGCUUUACCGUAGACUCCCCAGUAGGCACCGUGCAGGAGUACCUUUCUGGCUGGAAUCCGCUCAACAAUCAGUAUCCAAACGAGACACCCUCGGACAGGCUUCGCCGAGAAGCUCGAGAGGCUGAUGAUCGCUACAAACAGUCAGUGAAGAAACUUGACUCUCUCCGCUGCAACCUCGAAGAAGCCAUGAUCGAUCACCUGAAGUUCAUGGAGCGGUGCGAACUGGACCGAUUGAAGGCGAUCAAGGCAGUCAUUCUGGACUUCUCUGGCGCUGUUAGUAAUGUUAUCCCGAGCUUGCAGAGCACUGUCGACAAGAUGAUGCUAUUCCAGGAGACUGUUCAGCCCCUAGGUGACCUAAGGUACAUGUUGGAGAAUUACAGAACUGGUCCUUUCGUUCCCAAAGUUACCACUUACGAGAACUACUACAAUUCCGUUGAUGAGCAAACGUUCGGUGUAGACUUGGAGGCACGGGCACGGUCGGACCGAAAGCGGGUGCCCAUUAUCGUGACGACAAUACUCACUUUUCUUGACAACCAUUACCCCGAUCUCGAGGGCGAUGAGGCUCGUCGUGGUAUUUGGCUUGUGGACGUUCCUCUAGCCCAAACACAUAACCUCCGCGCAUCCAUUAACACCGGAAAAAUAUUUCCUCAAGAGGUCUUGGAGAAAUACGAUAUACCCAUUGUCGCUAAUGUCCUGAAGCUGUACCUGCUUGAACUGCCUGAUUCUCUGGUGUCGUCUCACGUAUACGAGAUUGUGAAGACCAUUUACAGCACAACGGCUGCAGAAACCUCGGAGGAAACCCGAAUCAAUGUGAUCCAGUCGACUCUCGGACAAUUGCGUCUUGCCAACAUUGCCACUCUCGACGCCAUUUGCACCCACUUCACACGUCUCAUCGAGCUAACAUCGGCCGACGAAACUUAUGUUACCGCCCUUGCGAAUGCCCUCGCCCCUUGCAUCCUACGUCCACGACAGGAGUCUAGCUUGACCAUGAAUGAACGCUACAGCUACCGCCUCAUCCGCGACCUCUUCGCCCACAAAGACGCCAUCUUUGGAGAAUUGAAGCGUGCGAGUUCCCUGACGCAUUCAUCCUCAGGCGCCCAGCGUCCCCGCGCCAUCUCUACUGAUGAGAGCAACAGACGCGCCAACUACGAGGAACGUCACCGCGCCAUAGCUGCCCAGCGCUCACCCAGAGCCACUUCACCUGCUCCAGGACCUCGUGGAGGAUCACACCGCCGCGACCGUAGUCAGACUAGGUUCCCGGUCAACACAUCCUCGCCAACCGAGACUCGCCGAGGGACGCGAAAUUCGCUCGAGGUGCCAGGAAGCGUGGACAACAGCCCUGUAAACGAGCCGAGCGAUGCCAACGACACGGCGGAAGCCGCCACAGCUGCGCCCACAGAGCAUCCGGCUCCUUCAAGCACUCGGGUGCCCCUCCCCAGGAAGCACGCCGGCAGUCUGGCGCGGAGUAACAGGGACUCCACAGGUAGUUUGAGAGCCGUGGCCAGCGAGGAUGCAGCGCCCAGAGGUGUACAGCUGGAAGAUAAGCCGAUGGAUGACUAGUGGUGAUGCUCGGCACAUCGACUGCAGAUGACGGCCUUUUGCUGUUUCUCAAUCCGAUAACACAACCCGUGUAGGUGUUUGGAGGGGGAGAACGUGGCAUGAUGGAUGCGCUUGUUUCUCGCGGGGAGAGAGGCUUGAUAGAGUGGACGUGCAGUGUACCAUAGGUAGUAUGUACUGGUUAGGGGUUCAGUGCCUUUGCUCAUGUAGGAAUUGGAUGUGACCAUGAGUACACGUUGCCUAACGUCGAAUGUUUGUAACCAUCAAUACAUGUUACAAGCCACUACGUCUGCUUGGUCAAACGCAUGCUUCUCUGUUCACAAGCCAACAAUGUACGACACCUGAAGGCAACAUGGACCCAGUCGCUCUUGACUGGCCUGCAGUAUUUGACUU